AUGUUGCUGUACACCAGACUUGCACCACCCAAGGUCCCUAAGAAGCGCUCGCGCGCAGGAUGCAGUUAUUGUAAAGAAAAGAAGAAGAAAUGUGACGAGAUUCGACCUGCAUGCGCCCGAUGCCAAGAACGUGGCCAGGAGUGCAAUUACGAACCUGUCCGACCUCGUCAGAGGCGUAAGCGUGAAGCAACUGUUCCCUGCUCGCCAUUUGACACAAACUCUUCCUCGAGCUCGGACAGGGCAACUCAUGUUUUGGAUAUCCAUGCCACCUCCGAAUGGAACGACGAUGCGCAUGAUAGAUCAGCUGACGAAGACUCACUCGACGACACUCCUGUUACGACCCAGGCUCCAAUACCCAACACUUCUCUCGUCAAUCGUACUGCCAGCAUAUCCACAACUGACCCUUCUGACUGGGCGGCCGCGGACCUUCCUAUAAUUUCACCUCUCGACUCGGUUGAUUUCCAACUGCCCCCGUUCGAUGAUUCCAAGUAUGUCGUUCAACACAUUGAGAACGGAGAAGAGGAUAUCGAAGAGAUUGUUCGCCGGGAGUCCAUCACCAUCAAUAUUCCGACAACAACGUAUGCCAGCACAUACGCAGCCGCAUACGCCACCCCUAGCCCUUCACUCGCUAUGAUCGCGCCUAUCCCCACACAAUCUCCUCGACUUGAGUUCUGCGCUCCGGUAUUCACAGAGUUCUCCGAACGUACCAACCGACGUGCACUUGUUGACCAUUUCUGCAAUGUUCUGUCGCAUCUCAUCGUCUUCCGUGAAGAGAGUGGCAAUCCUUUCCAGCAGCUUGUUCUUCCCUUGUGCCAUGAGAGCCCUGCUGUCACCAACGCUGUUUAUGCUCUAGCGAGUGCUCAUCUCGAGUACCGUGGGGUUGAAAACGACGAGAAGAGUGUCUAUUUUCACAACAAGGCUAUUCAGGGUCUGGCGCGGCUGAUUCAGAAGGGCUCAAGCGCAAACCGAAACGAGUUGUUAGCUGCCAUCAUGCUUUUGGUGUAUUAUGAAGUCGCAUUCCGUUUCUAUGAUGUUAUUGCGGCACUGUCAUUUGGCACUGCUCCUCUCUCUAGUGCUCCAGGCACAAAUUAUCUUACACCUUUCCCUCCUCUUGAUUCUUGUGGCGCCACAUCCCCCUUGGGCAGUGUCGACACUCUGCUGGGCAUGGCCACUUCUUUGUGGCCAAUCAUCCAUCGACUCUCCAACCUCUUGGCACUCAAGGAUCAGCUUGAUGUUGCUGUCGCAAACGAAGAGGUUUCCAAGGUUGCUGUCCUCCGAACUGAGUUUGAGACCUCGGCAACGGCUAUCGAGGCGGCGUUGGAGGACUGGCAUCCUGCCGUCCCCGAAAACUCUGUUCUGAACCAAAAUCCUGAGGAGUUGAGCCCUGAGCAAACUGCAGAAAGGAGCCGACUACAGAGUAUUCUCAGUAACGCUUUGUCUUAUCGCCACUCUGCUUUCGUCUACCUUUACCGGACCAUUUACAGCUACCCAAGAAGACACCCACUCGUACAGCGCCAUGCCCAUAUCAGUCUGACCCAUUGUGUCGGAACAGUCAGCAAUACUGGUCCCAUGAGUGCUCUUCUCUGGCCACUGUUUGUUGCUGCUUGCGAGGCCAUUACACUAGCUGAUCGUGAACUUGCCCGCCAGGCAUUCAUUGCUAUCAACCGUCGGCAAGGCAUGACAAAUAUUGACCGUGCAUGGACUAUCGCACAAGAAGUCUGGCGACGUGCGGACAAGGCCGACAUGCUUCAGCAGCAAGAAGAGGCGAUGAUGAUGGGUGUCAGGAGUGGUGGUGAUCUCUGGAGAAGAGUGAGUGCCGAUAUGGGCGUAACUAUCGUUUUUGGAUAG